UCCUAUAACCGGUGACGCUAACCGACUAGUUUGGAAUGUUCCGCUAUCGAGUUAGUGUUAUCCAUAACAGCGUGGUUUCCAAUUUAGCCGGUUGUCGCAUAGAAAAUUCUGACAGUUCGAAAUAGUCCGACAUCAGAAAUAAUGUUUUUAUUACAUUUUUUGAUAAAUAAUCAUCGCAGUCCGGCAACAACGGCCUUAUCGAUUUUUCUAUUAACCGCUACGUUAUAUUUAAUACAUUUCGGAAAGAGCCCCGUCUGCGAGUCUAGGCGCUUUCGAAAAACAUUUUACAACAAUUUUGUCGCGGCGGACGGACGUCGGCGAAGUUGUUGUAAAUUGGUAGUAAUUUAUUUCAUUACAGUGUUAUACAUGAUAUAAGUGGAAAUAUGGGUUAGUAUUGAGAGGAAACCGACUAUCGUUGUGUGGACGUAGACAGAGUUCCUUCUAUGAUGUCUAUAAUACUGUGUAACAUAAGUGAAUAGUGCGUAUUGUUUGAUAUAGUGACUAGUGCAUUCCGUUUGUGAAAGUAUACGUUGAAUUUUCUUUUUAUGUUCGAGAAUGCAGAUUGUAUGAAUAUAUGAGGAUUUAUUAAUGUUCCUAUAUACCUGUAAAUUUAACCACCGAAGCACAUUCCUAAAAGAAGAAUCCUAGUAGAGUAUUAAAAUGAUGCCUCAACAGUACUGUCUCAGAUGGAAACAUCACCACUCGAACGUGCAGAGCAUGUUCUCACAGCUGCUGGAGAAAGAGCGUUUCUGCGACGUAACUCUGUACUGCUCGCCGAGUUUCGCAACACAGAUACCGAAUAAAGACACAGUGGACCCUCAGAACAUACGCGGCGUGUCCCUCAGGGCUCACAGGGUUGUGUUAGCUGCGUGCUCGGAACUACUGGGGGCUCUGCUGGGGGCUCACGAGGCGCACGGGGAGCCCGUGUUGGUCAUCGAUGGCGCCGAGCCCAGACACCUCAGAGCUCUGCUGGACUACAUGUACACUGGCGAGAUGAACGUACACCAUUCCCAACUGGCUGGUCUCCUGAAGACCGCUGAGGAUCUCAGGAUCAAAGGUCUAACGGAUAUCCGGUGGAACAACAAGGACGAGCCACCUGACUGCUCAACAGGCGCUGUAACAACGGUCGUGGAUAAGAAGACGGACGCGGAGAAGAUAAUAAGACAGGAGAAGAACGCUUACGAUAUCAAGAUACAGGAUGUCAGGAGCACCAACAAGAAGAUGAAGAGAGAUAGAGACGCCAGAGAUGGGAGAGAUACGUCUGACGUAGAAAUUAGAGAUGAUGACGAUAAAGAGAAGGACAAGUACAGUUUAAAUGGCGGCCCACCACCCUUGAUAAAACUACCCACCAAGGAUAAAGUUCAUCCUAUAAAAAGGGAACAGUCUGAACCUGAGAGUCCCAGCCCCAAACGCCACAGAGCCACCAGCUGUGCUGACAACACGGAUGAAGAAAACCCGCAGAUAAAGAUAAAGACAGAAAGGGACCAAGAAUGGCGGCAUGGUAAUCUGGAUAUAACAGCGGAGCGUGUGGUCGGCUGGGGCGGCGGAGGGCUGGGGGCGGCGCCCUGGUCCAGGGACGGCAGCGACGACGAGUGGGACCCGCCAGCUGAUAUAGGAUCCUUCCUACACACUAAACUCAGAGUUGACGGAGACAACAGCGCUGACGAGGAGUCAGACGGCAGCGCCUGCGCGCCUCACGCCUCCUCUUCCUCGUCUACAGCGAGCACGGCGCACAUAGACUACGUUAAACCGAACAAAAGCAGUAAACAGGACCCUCGUUUUACGGACGUGGUUAAGCUGAACGACUACCUUCAACACGGCAGGAGACCUCAGUUCUGGGAGGAGAAUUACGUAAAGAGGGUGAUGGAGGCCGUGCGUCUCAAGGAGCUGGAGAUGAAGCAGGCGGCGGAGAUCCUCGGCGUCAGUUACGGCACGCUGUACGGGCGGUACAGGGACGUGUACGGCUGCAUCAACAGACCUUACAGGAUAGCUCAUCACGUUUGGCAGGCGAAGGGCCCGUCAGCCAUAAUGGAGCGUGUCCAGCGAGGUGACCUCUCGUUACAAACGGCGGCGCUGGCGCUGGGGGUCAACCCCGCUCACCUGGGUAGCUAUAUGGUGGAGGGGGGAGAUAAAGACUGGGAGGUGGAGUUGGAUCCGGCUGUGAAGGUGUCGCGCUCCGCCACCGCUACCACUAAUACUAAAACAAGGAAAAUUGAUAAGGUGCCUGGAAAGAAGCUGGGCGGCGUGGCGGAUGACGACCUAAUACCAGCAAACGUCACCCACGACGCCACAGCAGCGCACUCCGCCAACACAGGCAAGUGGCCGUCCAUCCGGCUGGCGAGCCUGGAGUCCCUCAGGUCCCCCCCGUCGCCCCCCAGCGGGCCCCCGUCCCCCUGCGCGCCCUCACUGCCCCCCGCGGUGCCCCCCCCAGGCCUCCCCGCCGGGCCCCCCGCCUGCGUAUCCGCCGGGGCCCCAGCAGGCCCCCCGCCCUCCCCCUCCCAGCUGAUGAGGACCCGCCCCGAUCUCACCAUCGUCGCCGCCAGGAAGGACUCGUGACGUCACUGAACGACGUCGCCCCGCGGCCUCGUAUUCGCUGUGACGUCACAGCGACGAUGACGUCACAGCCAGCAAGCUACCGCUCGUUCCGUUGUAUGUAUGUAUGUAUGUGUCUCGUUUAGUCCCCACUCGACCCGCACUCGGCCCGGCGCUCGUCCGGUGUCAGGACCAAAGAUUCUUUGGUGACAUGUCCCCUGCCCCCCCCCCGCGCGUCCGUCGCCGCUCGUGAGCGUGUACAUACGAUGACUUUAUAUAUGUCUGUAACAAAGAAUCUCUAGCCUACAUUUAUAUAGUUAUAAUGUAAAUAAUAUGAACGCCGCUCGUAUUUUGUAUGAGGCGUAACUGAAUGAUGAUUUUGAGACGGAAUUAUUUAAAUGGUGUCUAGGAUUAAAUCUCCAAGGUUAUUAUUGUUUUUGAUGAACCGAUGCGACCGGGGACCGGAUGUGACGUAACCGUUCCCGUUCCCGUUUCCGCUGGACAUCUCGUUCGUGUUUUUGAUAUUAUCUUAUGUGCGGGCGACUGCACGGUUGUUUAAGUUAGUACUGAAAAUAUAUAUAUAAAUAUAUGAUGAGGGGAGCCGGCGUAAUGUUUCAGUGUGUUCCUCUUGUGUUAGGUCCUAAGUAUUUUUAUUUUGCAUAAAUUUUUCAAUCAAAGGUCAAUGACCUGUGUAUACAAAAAAAAAAUAAUACUCGCCUUUCAUAGGAUACAGAUUUUUUUUUUUACUUACGUUUAUCAUUCAAUGGAUAUUAUCUUACGCAUAGUUCGGACGCAGAACUGAAAGUUUGAACGUAUGUUAUAUAAAUCUCGCGAGUUGAUAUUCGAUUGAAAUUUAAAAAAAAAAAAAAUAUUAAACCCACCCCAAAAAAUUUAUUAACUUACUAUAAGUUUUGUCCAAAAACCAAAUUGGAUGUUUUUUACCAAAUUAUUAUUAUUAUUAUUAUUAUUACUAUUAUUAUUUUUUAUAUAAUUUAUUUUGUUAAUAUAUUAAAUUAAUUUAUUGAUAGCUUGUUUGUAAAUGAGAAUAAAACAAUAUUUUUUUUUAUAUAACUUCCGUUUCGUCCAAAGACCAAAAUUAUAUUCUCGUUUGAAUUACGUCAUGUUAUUGUUAGAUUUUUGUUAGUAAGGACUCAUUAUUGUAAGUUACGUGGAGACCGGCGGUUUUGUUUACAAAUGUUAUACGGAAAUACUCUAGCCUUACCACCAGUGUGUAUUGCCAAACUCUACACCGACAGUUUGGAGUGAAAUAGCAUCACUGCGGAUGCUGUUGACUCGAAACUGUCCGUACCCAGUUUGGGGAUACCAACUCAUGCUAAGGUCGAAUUAUGUCAAACUCCUCAGUUGUUCAGAGUAUAUGUUCUUUCUCCGUCUCUGCCUGUAAUUAUCUGUUAGACAAAUAAAAAUGAUAUAAUCAGAUAA